AUGGCGUCCCGAGGCGCUUCCACAUCUGGGCGAGGGCCACGAGUUAAAAGACUAAAGCCUGAUCCGCCUGGCUCUACGCUUUCUUCCCUUGAGUCGCUCGAGGCGUUGAGGCAUCGCUUCGGGAUAUCCGAGGCGGUGGAGUUUGUUGUUCCCGAGAAGAGCGACCGAGCCGACAAGCCUCCAGGGAAUCACUUCACUCUGUACGAGGCGUUCUUCGAGCUUUGCUUUCUCUGGUUCCCGAUCCCCGGAGUGAUCCUCGAAUACCUUUGGAAACACGGGAUCUCGAUUGGGCAGAUUAUGCCGAGGGGAUUACGGCAUAUGAUCGGCAUUUUACUCCGAAGCUUCGAAUGCGGUCUUGACAUCGAGCUGAAUCACCUGCUGAACUUGCUGGAAAUCAGGAAAGCUCCGAAAGGAAAUAGGUUCUAUAUUUCCAACAAGGCGAAGCGACGGAUUAUUGGCGGUUUUCCCAGCAAGGAUCAGUUUUGGACUCAACGCUUCUUCUACGUCUUGGUGAACGAGGCGUCGGUCGGCGAAGAUUACGUUCACGGAACCAAGACCGCUUGGGGACCACUUGUUCGGUGCUAUCUUCCCCCGAUUCCCGACGACCUCUUUACUGUUCGAGACUUUCUUUCGGCGCGGAAGGUUAAUUGGAGAAAAAACUUCACCCUCGAAAGAGUAGAAAAAGCGCGAGCCAUCCUUGCCGGAGUCCCCGUCAGUUCUUCGUCCUCAAGUUCUUCGAGAGAUACCCGGGAGAAGAUGGUGGUAAUCGCCCUUAGAGAAAAGAAGAGGCGCGAGGAAGAGGAAUCCGCUAUACGAGCUGCCGAGGCGGCUCGCGCGUAA